UCUCUCCACCGCCCCAAACCCUUUCCACACCCCCACGUUCCAGGAGCCGGUUGGCUGCCGAACGCUCUGCGAAGCGCCUGUAGCUGCAGGGCGCUCCGGGGUUCUGGUAGGUGGAGCGACCCGUCACUCCGGAAGGCUGGGCCCGCCCACCCCACCUCGGUCUCGGGCUCUCUUCCUGCGCAGUUCUUCGCAGCCUCCGCGGGGAAGUGCCGGGGCUGCUCCCCAGGCUCAGUUGGCAGGACUGCGAGAAGGCAGCCCCGGCGAGCGGCCGUGCGCACCGUCUGCAGCGACCAGGGAGCGGGAGUGCGGCGUCCUCUGGCCCAGGCAGGAGAAGCUCCUCGGCCAGCAGUUGCCGCCACCCCGACUUUCGUUCCAGUUGAGGCUCCUCCCGGGCAACAUGUCAAAAGCCGCCACCGCUACAGCUGCCGCCGCCACCUGGGGAAGAGCAGCAGCAGCAGCAGCGGCGGCGGCAGCGGAGGCUGCGGGCGCGCGGGGGCAAUAAACCGAACCACCCCGGCAUCCUGCGGGCCAGGGAACCGUCUCCGCGCUCACAGCUCCGGCGGGCCCCGCGCCAUGUGCUGAGCUAUGUCCCUUGCCGCGCCCCCGGGGUGCGCAUGGGGCAGCGCCUGAGCGGCGGCCGAUCCUGCCUCGAUGUCCCCGGCCGGCUCCUGCCGCAGCCGCCGCCGUCCCCGCCACCGGUGAGGAGGAAGCUCGCGCUGCUCUUCGCCAUGCUCUGCAUCUGGCUCUACAUGUUCCUGUACUCGUGCGCCGGCUCGUGCGCCGCCGCGCCGGGGCUGCUGCUGCUCGGCUCGGGGUCCCGCGCCGCCCACGCUCCGCCGGCCCUGGCUCCGGGUCCCGAUGGGACUGCCCCGCGGCUGCCGCUCCAGGCGGCGCCGGUCACCCCGCUGGCUGCGGGCAAGGAGCCGGCCGAGGGCGCCGCGAGCCAAGAGGAGCAGAGUCCCGAGACGCCGGACUCCCCCAGCUCCAUCUCCAGCUUCUUUAGUGGGUCCGGGAGCAAGCAGCUGCCGCAAGCCAUCAUCAUCGGCGUGAAGAAGGGCGGCACGCGGGCGCUGCUCGAGUUCCUGCGCGUGCACCCCGACGUGCGCGCCGUGGGCGCCGAGCCCCACUUCUUUGACCGCAGCUACGACAAGGGCCUCGCCUGGUACCGGGACCUGAUGCCGAGGACCCUGGAGGGGCAGAUCACCAUGGAGAAGACGCCCAGCUACUUCGUCACCCGCGAAGCGCCCGCGCGCAUCUCGGCCAUGUCCAAGGACACCAAGCUCAUCGUGGUGGUGCGGGACCCGGUGACCCGCGCCAUCUCGGACUACACGCAGACGCUGUCCAAGCGGCCCGACAUCCCCACCUUCGAGAGCCUGACGUUCCGGAACCGCACGACGGGCCUCAUCGACACGUCGUGGAGCGCCGUCCAGAUCGGCAUCUACGCCAAGCACCUGGAGCACUGGCUGCGCCACUUCCCCAUCGGCCAGAUGCUCUUCGUGAGCGGCGAGCGGCUCAUCCGCGACCCGGCCGGCGAGCUGGGCCGCGUGCAGGACUUCCUGGGCCUGAAAAGGGUCAUCACCGACAAGCAUUUCUACUUCAACAAGACCAAGGGCUUCCCCUGCCUCAAGAAGGCCGAGGGCAGCAGCAAGCCCCACUGCCUGGGCAAGACCAAGGGCAGGACCCACCCCGAGAUCGACCGCGACGUGGUGCGUAAGCUGCGCGAGUUCUACCGGCCGUUCAACCUGAAGUUCUACCAGAUGACCGGCCGGGACUUCGGCUGGGAUUGAUGGGCCCCGGGGCCGUGUGACUCACCCCUUGGUUUAUGUAUCGAGAGAGAGUAUAUGUAUGUAAAAUGUACAGAAAUCUAUUUUAUAAUAAUUUAUUUUUAAUUCAUCAGCAAGUAACUCACUAAGCUGCCUGGCCACACUCUUGAGGGAGUUAGCUUCGUAAUCUGUUAACAUUCCAAAGUGUUUCCUCUCUUCUUUUCCUCACAAUGGAUGGUGCUUCCGUGUGUCCUGGCACCCCCCCCCGACCCCCACCCAUUCUAUUUAAAAAGAAGAAAAGCACAACUUGAGAUUUUUGUUGUUACGGGUACGCAGCCUUCGAUCGCUGUCUGAAUUCACAUGCCAUCUCCCUGUGUCUUGGGCCCUGUCGUCCAGCUUCCGUGUGUCCCUCCCUGCCCUGUACCUCGUCGGAGUGGCCCAGCUGCCCCCGCUGUGCGGCUCCCUCAAGGUCACGUCUCAUGUAGCAGCCUCCUGCCCGGGUGUCGGCUUGUCCAAGGGCGUAGACGCCAGACCGCAGCGCUAGGCUUUUCCCCCCAGGUCUGCUCCUUUCGCUGGGGAGUCACUACCUUUGCAGGGACGUGCAUCUCCUCUCUGGAGUCUGCGUCCCAGGGUCCGUUUACUUCAGCGUAUGAUUUUGAAAGAUGGCCCUGUGUCCUUUUCUGCCCCCGUCCCUGGUUGGUGAAGCAGCUUGAAGGUAUGAAGAUGUUACAGCCCCUCUUUCCCAGGUCACGUGCGUGAGAUGUUUGGGUGCUGUUUUAGAACUAAAGACGACCUCUUGUUUGCACAAGUGCCCCGUGCUCGGUCCUCCAGGCAGACAGUUCUGCUCUGACACACCAAAGAAUCCCCUAGGCUAGCAGAACCAUCGGCACAAACCCACGGGUACCGAGUGUCAAGACCCAGAGGGGUCAGGUGCAUUCCACGCCAUCAGAUCCCCCCAAGGUGCUGCUCGGUGCUGAGCCAGCCCGCAUGGGGCACGUCCCAGUAGCAGACAGACCACCCCGGUGGGGAGAAAAGACAAACAGCACCAGAGAGACAGGCGGCCUUGGCAGAAGAAGCGAGUCCCUGGUGUCUUGAUGUCUGGAACUUGCCUCCUUGGAAUUCCUAGCUCAUCACAGAUUGACAACAUGGUCUGUAGCCAGCCAGAUCGCGAGCACCGAGAGUGGCUCUUGCACAGACGGGCUGGGGAAAGAAAGUUGUUCCCUGGUAACCCCCAAGCCUGACAGUUGUGAAGAUGUCCCUUGUUUUGAGCUAGGUCCCAGCAGAAGGGUCACCAGCAUGUGACCUUGAUGCAGCAUGCUCUCCCCGUCCCUCUCCGUUGAGAGAGAAGCUGGAGAUUAUUUUUGACGGCUAGCCUGUGGCAGUCGGGGUCACCAUAUAGCAAUAUCACAGAAUGAACAUGUUCACUUUAUCUGGUUUUCUAAACCAGAAUGCUUCUCCCGUAAAAGAAUUUUGAGUUAUAGUUGCACCAAGGCUUAGGUGGGAACAGACACAUUGUCCAAGUGGUUGGGGUGUGAUAUUUACAAAGAUAAGAAUUUUCAUUUGAGUAAUAAUUGCAUUAAGGCUUAUGUGGGAAGACACACAUUGUCCAAAUGGUUGGGGUGUGAUAUUUACGAAGACAAGAAUUUGCAUUUGAGUAAUAAUUGCACCAGGGUUUAUGUGGGAAGACACACAUUGUCCAAAUGGUUGGGGUGUGAUAUUUACGAAGACAAGAAUUUGCAUUUGAGUAAUAAUUGCACCAGGGUUUAUGUGGGAAGACACACAUUGUCCAAAUGGUUGGGGUGUGAUAUUUACGAAGACAAGAAUUUGCAUUUGAGUAAUAAUUGCACCAGGGUUUAUGUGGGAAGACACACAUUGUCCAAAUGGUUGGGGUGUGAUAUUUACGAAGACAAGAAUUUGCAUUUGAGUAAUAAUUGCACCAGGGUUUAUGUGGGAAGACACACAUUGUCCAAAUGGUUGGGGUGUGAUAUUUACGAAGACAAGAAUUUGCAUUUGAGUAAUAAUUGCACCAGGGUUUAUGUGGGAAGACACACAUUGUCCAAAUGGUUGGGGUGUGAUAUUUACGAAGACAAGAAUUUGCAUUUGAGUAAUAAUUGCACCAGGGUUUAUGUGGGAAGACACACAUUGUCCAAAUGGUUGGGGUGUGAUAUUUACGAAGACAAGAAUUUGCAUUUGAGUAAUAAUUGCACCAGGGUUUAUGUGGGAAGGCACACAUUGUCCAAAUGGUUGGGGUGUGAUAUUUAUGAAGACACUUUUGUACCUUGGAUGGGAUAACUUGUCCAGUAGAGCAAGAGAACGUGCACGAAAAGAGAAUAAUUAUUCAUCUUUCGAAACUGAUCACGACGUCACUGGUCCUUGAGCGAUGUCUUCUUGGUAAUUGGUUUGUAUUCGCCCGCAAGUUUGAGCCCACAUGUAGUACAGAACCUGGAUUUAGGGGAAUGCCAUGAUCCUAGCAUGGUUCUCCUUCGUUGCUGCUUGGGCGUGGAGUCAUCUGCAUAAGGGAGCUAACGGGUCGUGCGUUUUUCCGGUCAGAGAGCUCAUUUGUAAUAAAACGGAGAAUGCCUCUUUUCAGUUACAAUGUAGCAUCACUUAAAGUAAAAGCCAGGAUCCACGACCUCCAGGGAACCCUGCCCUGACCACCUUCUGUCCGCUUUCGUGCCCUGCUAUGGCCCAUGAUUGUAGAAUUGCCGAAAAAGUGCGGGGAAGGGUAUGCGACGAGGCCAUAGGGACACACGCACGCGUUUUUCCUUCCCCUUCGAGUCCCUGUCGUCUUUGCAAGCUGGACAGUUUUGAUUAAGUUGUUUAUCCCUGCCUUGCAACUGAAACAGGAAAUCUCCAGAUAGAAGGAGGGUCACUGAGUCAUGAACGCUGAAGUGAGUCAAGAUUCUAUUCUGGGUCAAAUUCUCGAAUCCAAACAGAUGUUGAUAAUUAGCAAGGACGGAAGAGAGCACGUUUUCUUAUAGAAGAUAAAUAAAUGAAAACUUCCCGUGCAUCCCUUCGUAGGGGUCUGAUGGCUUACAGUUCCUGACCUGCCCAGACGUGGGAUCUGCCCCCCCCCCUGUUACACCCUGUCACGUGAUAGUUACAGAGCCCGGGCCCUCGUGUCUUCCUCCUGCAGAAAUUAAGCAACAUGUACAAUUCGGCCUUGAGUUUCUUCCUGUUCUAGCAACCUCCAAGGCCGCCAACUCAAGUUCUUAGCUGCUAGAAAACAAACACCAGUUCACAUUUUGGCACUUUGUUCCUAUGCACGCUUUGGGUUUUUUCCAGUUUACAGGAAAAGUUCUGAUAAUUCACUGGGGGGGAGGGGGUACUUUAUUCCUCCCUGUUUCAUUUGCUCGUUAAAAAGAUUAAUAAAAAAAAAAAAAGGAGGUUGGGGGUUUUUAUGGUCCCCGUCUACCCCAUGCUUGCUUUGAGAUGUUUGUGCUGUAGUCUGGUAACUUAGGAGGUGGUAACCUGGAAAGGUGUUUAGGGAUAGUGACUGCAUAAUAAAUACUUCGGUGACAGAGGAAGAGACGUUGUCUCUUUCAUGGGAUUCUGUUUGGAAGUCAUUUUGAGUGACAGAUACAUUUUAGGCCUUUGGAGAAACAGUUUCAGAUCCUGCCAGGAUAUUUACAUAAGAAAGGAAAAUGGAAGGUUCCAGUAGACUAGAAAUACUUAGCAUGUAUCUCAAACGCUGACACAGACGUCCGUGUCAUUUUUCUUUUUCAGUUUCUCCUGAAGGAUGGUCAAUUAAACCGAAAGGUGUGGUUAGAUUUUUUUUUUCCACUUUUGUAACCUUAAUUUAUGACUGAGUUCAUUCAGCCCAGUAAUCUGAAAUACGUUGCAAAUUCUAGCCAUGUGUCUUCUAUAACCUGGAUGUUAGAAUAGCCAAUAUGUACAAAAAAAUUAAAACAAGUUAUUUUGUCCUAUGUAUAACACAAAGUAAUUUUACACAGAGAAAGGUUUCUAGGAAAAAAGAAAUUCUGGUAAUUCAUACUAUUUCUUUGUAUGAACAAAUAAAAUCUAUUUUACCAA